AUGGUGAUUGUGAACGCGCAGCUCCGGCGCGACUUCCGCGGGAAGCUGCCGCUGUCGACGGCCAAGCUGAACGCGCAGCUCAACGCGAUGCUGCGCUACCUCAACGCGUCGUCAGCCACGCCAUGGGACGCCGGUCUGCUCCUCACGACCAACAAGCACAUCCAGUACCUCAACCGCACGACGCGCAAGAAGGACAAGCCCACGGACAUCCUCUCGUUUCCCAAUUACAAGAUCGCGGUGCCCGGCGUGUUGCCGUCCGUCGCGACGGAAGAGGACCGGUACCUCGGUGACAUGUUCAUCGGCAUCCCGUACGUGCAGUCGUUCUGCAAGCACCACGAUACGACGUUGGACGACCGCUUGCCCGUGCUUGUGGCCCACGGGCUCUGCCACCUCAUCGGCUACGACCACGAGAACGACGCCGACUACGAGGUCAUGCAAGCGCGCGAGGACGACGUGCUAGCCAACUACCGCGAUUUCCUGCCACCAGCGUUCCAGGCAUGA